UGUGAUGAUUAGUGGAUUUAUCAAAGUUAUCUCUACAAAGGCAAGAUUGUUAAUUACGUUUUGAAAAGAAGUUAAAACGGCAAUUGGUUGAGUUGGAAGCUUCGUAUGUACAAACUCUCUUUUGUUUUCUUGUCAUGCAGAAAUUUGAAAAGAAGCAUAAAGUUGGAAGAACAAUUUACACAAAGCACAUACUCAAAUGUCUGCUUCAAGCUCUCAACCACCAACCACCGGAACCAAAAUGCCAAGCUUGAAGCGGAUGUACAUAUAAGCUUGAGUCCCUCAAGGCAUCAACAUAAGCAAUGGAUAUUGAAAAUGGAAGAAAACCUGGUGUUAGCUCAACAAAGCCGGAGACGAAGGGGCUACUUCUGAUGCUGAGGAUGGUGGCAUUCUGCGCCACAGCGUCGGCCACCGUUGUGAUGGCACUGAAUAAGGAAACCAAAACCGUGGUGGUUGCUACCAUUGGAAAUACACCCAUAAAAGUUACUCUCACUGCCAAGUUUCAGCACACCCCAGCAUUUGUGUUCUUUGUCAUAGCUAAUGGAAUGGCCAGUCUCCAUAGCUUGCUAAUGAUACUCGUGGACUUAUUCGGGAAGUCUUUUGAUUACAAGGGUCUGAAGCUUUUCAUGAUUGCUAUUUUAGACAUGAUGACAGUGGCACUGGUAGCUGGAGCAGCAAAUGCUGCUGCAUUCAUGGCAGAGCUAGGGAAGAACGGUAAUUCACAUGCCAGGUGGAACAAGAUCUGUGACAAAUUCGAUGAAUUUUGCAACCAUGGAGGCGGUGCCAUCAUCGGUUCAUUUGUUGGGAUUUUGCUUCUGCUGAUCAUCAGUGCAAUGUCCAUUAUUAGACCCAUAAAACCAGCAUCCAGUGUACAACACUGCAGUCCUGCAGUCUAGUUUCUGUAUUCUCCGUUGCUGUUAUGCAUCCUACUUGUGUGUUGUUUUCUCCUUAAUCUGCCUUUCAAAUUGUAAUGUAUGAAAUAAUCAUCGGAUUACUGACGUUUCUAGUUGAAGAUGGAAUUGAUUUGGAAAACCUGGGUUGACAAGAAAACAAUCAAUUUCAAUAAAGCAUAGAAUUCGGAC